UCUACCCAAUUUUUAACUGAAACUUGGGAAAACAACAACAAGCCUUGUCCAGAUUUUGAACCAAUCUAUCGCUGAAGCUGCUCCCAGGUGAAUGUGUCCCCUUAGGGGGGGGAAUGGGUUGCGGUGCUUCGGCUUCUCACACUGGCAGCAACAACGCAUCCCUGCACACGAGUCGCAGCAUCAGAAUCAACAUUAUCGAAGCCACAAGUAUACUGGACUAUGAAGACACCGAUGUAGGAAGCUCCCGUAGGCAGACACCCGUAGCUCCUCGUCCCCACACACCCAGCGUGUCGUUGCACAAGCAAACUUUGACACGGAGCACAUCAGCGUAUAUUUCACAGCAGCAGAUCGUGUCCAGUGAGCCUGUGGUAUCUUGUGAGGGCGAGCGGCCUUCCUCCCCCGUCCCCAGUGGGAACAAAACUCUACGUCGCUCUCAGACUCUGGACAUCGAGGAGAAAGAGGAUUUGCGUCUCAUCGUGCACUGAGAAUAAGGGUUGCGGUUGAGGUGCCGGUGGAUAGAAGCGCCUAGCUGACAAGUGGUUUUUUUUUUUCUUGAAGUCCAAUCAUAAAUGUAAGAUUUUUAAAGUUUGGAGGUCUUAAGUGAGUGCAGCUCCAAGAGGAAAUCGACAUGGCUAAUACCACGAGAUUCGACAUUGUCAUUGGAUACAAUGUCAGUGAUCUGGAAUUUGUACAAAAACUUGCAGAAAAGUUGAGAUCCUCGAGCAUGAGUGUAUGGUACACUAACCCAGAUGGAGAUGCGACCCAGACCAGCGAUGCUAUUUUGGGAUGCAAGAUCUACCUGCCAGUGAUGACGGAGGAGUCCGCCGUGGACAAACACAUCCAGGAGCAGCUGUCUCUGGCCUACAUCUCUAACUCGGCCAUCUACCCGCUCUCUCGGAUUCGCUUCCGUUUCCUUUCUCCCAAGCUCAGCGGAGGAGCGAAACUGAUGUUGGCCAAAAUCAACUGGUGCUUUGUGUUCAGCAUGGAUGAGUUUGAGGAGAAAACGGACGCGAUCAUCAAGUGUAUGAGGAGGGAUCUCGAGAACAUGACAUCCGAACGUGGGGAAGAUGAACAUCUGCAGAACGCUGGAUUUUUCAGCACUCACGGCGUGACAGUCGCCUUCUCUCACGGCUUGGAGCUGGGUGGUGACGGCUCAGGCUUUGAUGGGGUCAUCCCAGGGGUGGACCUGUCCACUAUCAGUGGGGACACGCACUUUUGGGACCGACACUUUAAGGGAGAGACUGAGGUUUCUUGGACAGAUUUCCGAGACCGCUUCCUACAGGACUACGGGGGUAAAAUUAAAGAAGAGUUUUCUGAAUACCCCGAGGAGCGCACAAAGUUCUUUGUCAACCUCAUGUAUAAGGACAUAUUUGAACUGAGCAAGCGUGUGCGACGCAGUGUUUACGAUCAUUUCUGCCUGGAAUUUGAGCCGCACUCCUUCUUCAAUCGCCUGCAGCAGUAUGUGCUGGCCUACAUGUCCCUGCGUGAAGUCAUCAGUAUGGACAGUAGCUUGAGAAUUCCCACCAUACAAAGCUUAGGUCAGUACUCCUUCCCGGCCAUCGUCUCUGGUUUGUCGGACAUGCUCAAGGACGAUGACCCCAACAUUCGGGCCGUGGCAGCUAUUGCCUUAGCCCAUGCAGGCAAGCAGCGGCCGUCAACAGUGGACAAGUUACUUGGCCUGAUGGAAGAUGAGGAUCGGCUUGUUCGGGAAAGUGCAUGCUUGAGUCUGGGCUUCCUUCGAUCCACCAAAGCCGUACCCUACAUUGUGGACCGCUGGCGCAAUGAUCCCAUCUCUACUGUCAGAGAGGCAGCAGAGCUUGCCCUCAGCAAGAUGGAGACGUCUGACGCCAAGCGGUGCAUGAAGGUCACUCAAGUUCUGUCGUCAGAGAUGAAGGCUCUCAAUCCCAGUGCUGUGAGCUGAGCAGAAGUCUCCGGGCCAAUGUCAGCACCAGUGGAAGACGCUACGUGAAGAUUUGUUUGUCCUACAGUAAAGCCAGUCAAAGUUUGGCACAAAGUGCAGGAAUGUUACACCUUUACUACUAAAUGUCAGUCGUCUGUCUGGGUACUAACAUUUUUAUUAAUGUGGACGUUUGGAAAAUGUCAGUUUGAGUUGUGAAGAUCGGUGGUGCUGGUUGUGAUGAUGAACAGGAAAGCAGGGGGGCAAAAAAGUACAAAAGCUAUUUACCUUCCUUAUUGACCAAUAUAUGCACUAUGUACAAGGUUAGCUUUAUCUCAGAAACAGGAGGCUUGAGCCUCUUUGUCCCUGAGUCUCUCCUCUACUUCUUCAAGUUGCUGCUCCAACCCUUUUAUUCUCCUAUGGAGUCCAUGACUUUCGUAGGAACAAGUUCAGGUUGUCUGUACGGGCAGCUCUGUCUUCCUUGUCUUCCACUGCUUUCUCUAGGUUAUCUCUUGUUUCCUUCAGACUUUUGGCCUUCUUCUUCAGAUUUACCACUGACAUAUCAGCCUCAUCCCUCUUUCUCUUCCUUCCUUCCACAUCCAGUCUUCUCUUCUCCUCCUCUUUCUGCCUAAUGUAGAGAUUUAGGAAAAUAAAAAGAAACAAAAUAUUGACCUGAUCACAACUUCAAUGCUAGAGUACUGACUGAAACAAGAAAAAAGUUAUUUCCAGAAAAGUAGGAUUUAUACUUUUUAUUUAAAACUUUGGAAAGAACCUCUCCACAAACUGUUUCAAGGAAGUAGGGCUACAAUAAUUUAAAAACUGAAGGAAAUCUCUAGAUUCUAAAAUUCCAGGACAUUCAUCAAAGAAGUUUCAUUGACUCUACAGCCUGGUCAUGCAUGGGCAAAAUAUGACUACCAUAUAUAGAGAUUAAUUUUGUACUGCACAAUGUGUUACAAGAAACCUGUUAAACUGUCAACCUCAAAAGAUGAAAGCUUAAAGGUUAAGUUAACAUUGCUAAUUUUUCAUAAAGGGCAUUUUUUUGCACACUUUGCAAGAAAGUAACUAUACCUUUUUUUUUAAUGCUACGAUUGUCACCUUCUCCACACCACCAACUGUUCGAAUGUAGUCCUCAACCACUCUCCGAGCCACAACACCUGACUUCUAGGGUGUAUGAAACAAACCAUUAAAUUCUUGAGCACUCCGACCGAAAUCAUAAACUACGAGGGUCAUUGAAAAAGUUUUGCCUCCAAGUUCAUAGUUUCUUUAUUACUGAUGAAAGUUAUACACCAAAUGAAAGCUUAGGAUGUCUGCUACAUGACAGUACCUUUGUUUUUCAACAUAUUCGCCUUCUUUGUCGAUGCAGAUCGGCCAACGUCGAAUAAGUUGUUGCAUGCCGUCAGCGAAAAAUUCAUGUGGUUUUCCUCUGAACCAGCGACGCACAUCUUCUUGAACUUCAUCGUCAUUUGCAUAACGUUUUCCUUUGAGGUGCUCCUUCAACUUAGGAUAAAGAUAAAAGUCAGAUGGAGCAAGGUCAGGACUGUAUGAUGGGUGUGGUAAGGUCUCUUGAAAUCUGAGUCUUUUCGUGGCUCUUGAGUUUGUUGACUCGUGUGUGGACAGGCGUUGUCGUGGUGCAAAAUUGCAUUUUUUUUCCGGGCCGAACUCAUGACAGCCGUGCUCUAAGUUUUCUCAGGGUCUCAAUAUAUUAUUCAGAGUUGAUAGUGGAACCCUGAUCCAAAAAUUCCAUAUAUGAAUCAAACCAUCGCAGUCCCAAAACACUGUCAUAAGCACUUUCUUUGCAGAUGAAACAACUUCGAACUUCUUGGGGCUAGGUGAAGCAGUGGGCCUGUAUUCUUUCGAUUGUCUUUUGUUCUCUGGGUCAUAAUGGUGUACCCAAGUCUCAUCUCCUGUGACUAUACGGUGUAAGAAAGCUUCACCUUUAUCAGUAUAACGAGCCAGGAGUUCAUCAAUAACUUGUCUUCGGUUCAGUUUCAGCUCGGGUGACAACAUGUGGGGAACCCACCGUGCACACAUUGUCCUGUAACCCAACACAUCAUGGAUAAUAUAGUGAGCACUCCCUACAGAAAUCCCUAAAAUUUCACUGACAUCUCUCACUUUUAUCCUCCGGUUUGCUUGGAUGAUCUCAUCCACUCUCUCCUGAUGUUGAACAUCACUGGCAGAGUUGGGACGACCACAACGAGCUUGGUCAUGCAAAUCUGUCUCUGCUGGACUGGUUUCAGCGAACUCCUUUGCCCGUCUUUGAACAGAAAUUACAUAUCUACACAUGCUUCCUUUUAGACAAGCUUCAUUCGCCUGUCAAUAUCAAUGGGUGCAGCUCCCUCUGCAGUAAGGAACUCAAUAACAGCUCUUUGCUUUAACCCUGUCAGACCGUCGGGAAUACUCAAAACAUCAAUUAUGCCGGAUUACCGCUUGACCGGUAAUUGAGAGGCCGCGUCAUAAAAUCACGUCAUAUUUGAAAAUAGCAAGCCAAUCAGCUCUAAACUCCGCAUUUAGUGUGAGAAUUGAUCAUUGUAAAUGGUAGACUCCAUGAGGUUGGACUGCAGUGUUGUUUGUCUUCUAAAUUUUGGAUUUUUAUCGCCAUGAAGAGACGUGCUGUUGAGCCAAUGAGCCAAGCACUUCGACAGGAAAAAGGGCUAGGUCUCAACUCUUUACCACACAAGAAGUGCUUGAAGACCUAUCCGAUUAUGAAGGAGAUCUUGAUCAUGACUUUGAGAGCAGUGUAGUAGUGAUGAAAGCAUGGACUUGGACAAUAGAGGUGAUGAUGGAGAUUUAACUUCAAAUUCGAAUAGGAACGAUAGAUCUAGAUCUAGACCUGAAUCUAGCACUAGAGAAAGGGGGCAUGACCCUGUUACACUAAACCAAAACAAAGUAACAACAGUGCCAACAAUAGUAGUAGUAGUACACUUACCUUGUUAUGAGAUAAAUGCAAUGUAGAAUCUCUAGACUUAGACUUGGGAAAAACAAAUGCAGGUCGAUGCACAUGUGAGAAGAAAGGUCCUCUCUUAACAACUAGAUCAAGAUACUGAUCACAUGGUUCAUCACACGAGAAAAGCAAUGGGAAGCGUGUCAGGCAGCUCGAAUGACUGGAGGCUUUUAAUACUACCGAAGGCAUCCUCAAUUCUUUGUUUUAGGGUCGAGCCAACGAUCGAGUGAGGUGACAAUCGUACGUGCGAGUUGUGCGAUCUUCCACACAACAUUCGAUUCCCAUAUCGAUAUCAUAUUUGUUGACUUUAAAUAGUACAAAAUGAAUGAAUACAAGGCAUAGAUUGCCGAUACAGAAUGAUAUCAAUCGGAUCGAGUACGAAAAAACCCAGUGCGACCGAAAAUGGAAGCUCGAACUUCAUCAUUCGAAAAAAAA